AUGGAAACUCUCAGUAGGACGAUUUUGGGCCUUGUGGAAGGUGGCUUUCUAUAUGGCUUCUCGGUGGGGAAUGGUGAUUAUGGCUCUAUUGAUAUUUCUCAUUUGCUUUUUGCUAACAAUACUCUCAUCUUCUAUGGAGGAAAUCUUGGGCAUAUACAAUCUUUGAGGGCUCUCCUUUGUUUUGAAGUUGUCUCGGAUUUGAGAGUUAAUCUCUCAAAGUCUGAAUUGGUGCCAGUGGAGGUUGUCCCCGAUGAGGUGAAUCUCUUGGGAUGCAAGGUAUCUUCUUUACCCAAUAAGUAUCUUGGCUCACCGUUGGGUAAUUCCUUCAAAUUUGAGAGGAUUUGGAAUGUUGUAGUUGAAAAUGUGGGGCAAAUAUUAGCUUCUUGGAAGAGGUUGUACUUGUCUAAAAGGGGUAGGCUCACUUUGAUUAAAUAUACUCUUUCUAAUCUACCCACUUAUUUUUUGUCCUUGUUCCCGCUCCCCAUAAAGGUUGCCAACCAUAUUAAGAAGCUACAAUAA